CUCUCGGAAUAAAAGACUUGUUUCUGCUAAAACCCCGGAAUGUAGAUAAACCAUCCCCGCGUUACCUUCUGCGUGCCGACAGGUUUUUCAAUUGCAUGCGUGACCUCGACGUUAUGGAGGAGGACCACUGCCACUGUCGACUUUCGCCAGAAUUGGACGUCGCCCAACCUGGACAGUUGCACUUCAGGCCAAAGAUACCUACCUAAGAAUUUCUGUCGAAAAAGUUGUGGAUCACGAACUUCAAGGCUAGGGGCCCGAGGACCAUAACUACUAAUUCCGCAUCCCCCAGGUAGUCCGCUUGUGCGAGGCUAUCUUCACUCAGCAAGCUCACCAAAAGCAAUUACCCAACACGUCGAUGCCUCUCGAGACUUUGCGCAAGAUGGGUUCCUUGGGUGGGACGUAGCAUGCCCGCUGAGGCUCUGGCCGAAGAUCAUGAUACAGAUUCAUUGAAUACGAUUGGCUCACCCCAAAUCCUUAGUCACGGAUGAUUGACUUAUCGUGGCCCAUGGGGUGAAGAAGUGAAGCCUUGGAGGAGAUGGCCGAUAAGUUACAAGGACGUGGCUCGUCCACCAAUCACCAGGAGGGAACGGCCAGAUAAGAUGCCCUUCACUCAUCAGCCUUCCUUUUCCUUCAAGUUUAUCGAAACUGCUUGUCAUUUCCUGGUGUUACAAUUCCUUGAGAUCAUUUGUUUGCUUGCCUCACCCCCCUGGCAGAGGAACUCAUCUAACAGGCCCGGAUUGCCUAUGAGCGUCCGGAGUUCUUAUCAGUACCGCCAGUAAGCUACCGUGUUAUGUCUGCCAGUUGCGGCUGGCAACACACGGCUUGGAGCCUCAUGCCACGCAAAUGUCAAUGUUGAUUGACCAAGCCCUGCACGAUCAACCUUGUCAAUGUCGCCGGGGUUUAGUAUGGGUACUCACCGGGCGAUUGACCAAGAUCCUACUGGUGUUGAAGACCCGUUAUCGGCAGGAUUAGGACGGAUGGCUGCAACACUCCCUCUUGGUCUGUUUGCGGGCCUAGCGAGUAUCCCGCGAGCACAUCACCCAUCGGCAGACUAACUCGGUACCACAGAGAUGUCGUCUUUCAUGUUGUGGUGGAGUCACAUAGCACAAGGCAAGGUCAUUCAGCAUAUAUACCAGACGAGAAAUCCCAAUGACUCUCUUUCUCCUUACGACGUUGCGUUACCGCGGUGUUGAUCUUUGCCCAAGCUCGUCCUGACCAACGGGAAUUCGCGUCCUGCCUUGGGUACUAUAUUAUCCACAAUGCCUGAUACCGCCGGGACUGCCUAUGUGCCCCUUUCACAGGGGUUUGGAUAUGGCAUCAUCCUAGGCCUGGGGUUUGCAUUUGCACUGGGGAUGAUAGCAACUACCUGGGCGCUGAAACGAUAUCAUGGCGAGGUACAAACGUCCGAAGCUUUCUCGACGGCCGGAAGGACAGUCAAAUCAGGUCUCGUGGCGUCUGCAGUCGUGUCCAGCUGGACAUGGGCUGCCACCUUGCUUCAGUCCUCGGGUGUGGCCUACUCGUAUGGCGUGUCCGGUCCUUUCUGGUAUGCUUCGGGAGCAACGGUUCAGAUCUUGCUCUUUGCGACGUUGGCCAUCGAAUUGAAGAGACGGGCACCGAACGCCCAUACAUUCCUGGAAGUCAUCAAGGCCAGAUAUGGCGUUGUGACGCAUAUUGUGUUUCUGAUCUUCGGUCUGAUGACCAACAUCCUAGUGACGGCCAUGCUGUUGACCGGCGGAAGCGCAGUGGCCAGUUCCCUCUGUGGAGUCCCCACGGCCGCGGCUUGCUUUUUGCUUCCCAUCGGCGUGGUUUUGUACACCAUGUUCGGUGGGAUCAAGGCGACCUUUUUGACAGACUAUGUCCAUACGGUGAUCAUUCUGGUCAUCAUCUUCGUCUUCGCCUUCAGCGCAUAUGCUACCAACGACAUUGUCGGGUCUCCGGGCAAAGUAUGGGAACUGCUUGUCGAGGCCUCGAAACGACACCCGGUCAAGGGGAACGAGGAAGGCAGCUAUUUGACCAUGCGAAGCCGCGAAGGAGCCAUCUUCUUCGUCAUCAACAUUGUGGGCAAUUUCGGAACCGUUUUCUUGGACAAUGGCUACUACAACAAAGCCAUUGCGGCGUCUCCAGUCCACGCAUUGCCCGGCUACGUCAUGGGCGGUCUAUCAUGGUUUGCCAUCCCAUGGCUUUGCGCUACGACCAUGGGCCUCGCGGCUCUAGCACUAGAGAACAACCCGGUCUUCCCAACAUAUCCUGACCGCAUGGCACACUCGGACGUCAGCGCAGGCCUGGUGCUUCCAUACGCGGCGGUAGCACUUCUAGGCAAAGGCGGCGCCGGAGCCACUUUGUUGCUUAUCUUCAUGGCAGUGACCUCAGCGUCGUCCGCGGAGUUGAUUGCAGUAUCGUCAAUCUGGACAUACGACAUCUACCAAACGUACAUCCAUCCGACGGCGUCCGGCCCGCUUCUGAUCCGCAUGUCGCAUAUAGCAUGUGUGGUAUACGCAAUUGUGCUGGCGAGCUUCUCCACGGGCUUGUUUUACGCCGGCAUCAGCAUGGGCUAUUUGUACUUGAUGAUGGGAUGUAUCAUUGGCUCGGCCGUGAUCCCCGCGACAUUGGCGUUGAUGUGGAAGCACCAGAACUGGCAGGCGGCCGCGGGCGCCCCUGUGCUGGGCCUGGUGUGUGCAUUGAUCGCCUGGCUCGUCACAGCUAAAAAGGAAUGCGGCGUCCUCAACGUCGACUGCACGGGCUCUAACAAUCCCAUGCUGGCGGGCAAUGUGACGGCGCUGCUGAGUCCGCUUGUUUUUGUUCCUGUUUUGACUUUUGUUUUUGGCCGCCAGAACUACGAUUGGGUCUCGAUGAAGCAGAUCCGCAAGGGCGAUGAUACCGAGAUCAUUCGUCGAGCCAGCGUUGAAAUCGAUGCCGAACUCGUUGUCCCGGCGCAGAUGACCGGGGAGCUGGAUGCUGCCGCGGAACGGGAUCAGGCCAAAUUGAACAAGGCGGCCGUCAUCUCGCGCACCUUGACUGCCUUUAUGACUGUUGCCAUGCUCGUCCUCUGGCCUAUGCCCAUGUACGGAUCGGGGUAUAUCUUUUCCAAGAAGUUCUUUACAGGCUGGGUCGUUGUCGGUAUCCUAUGGCUUUUCUGCAGCGCCUUCUGCGUCGGACUGUUCCCGCUAUGGCAGGGCCGCAAGACUAUCGCCCACACCGUCCGCUCCAUGUGGCUGGAUCUGUCGGGCAAGAAAAGGCCGGCGCUGCAUGGACGUGCUACUGAAGUCGAGGAUGAAUCUCGGAGCUCACGGACGCCCGAGGAGAAGGUCGAGGUCAAAGAGUGAUUGCAAUCAUGAUUACAGUACCUGAGGCUUCUCCGCAUAGAACAUGUAGAAGCAACGGACACCAAGUGGACAGUGAGGAGCAGAAUGGUAGUUUAGAGCUUGUGUCGCGAAGAGAAUAGCGAUCAACGUAAUCAUACAGAUAGAUACUCCAUCAUUGUCGUCCUUGUCAACCCACAACAUAGGUACUGUACGGUACCUCAUUCAGGGGUCUCUCCAGCACCUCGAGUCACUCAAUCGUCUUCCCCAAGCAAACUAUCAUUAUCCUCAGCUCCGACCAUUGUUCAGCGUCACAGCCACAGUCAUCGUUGAGCCAACGAGUGAACCUCUCUCACAUACAUUAUCAACCAUUGAUCGAUACAAAACGA